UGCUGCUGCUGCUGCUGCUGCUGCUGCUGCGGAGAGGUUGGGGCCUAGUCUGUCCGCCGAAGCCUCGGCCUCGAGUGAGAGGCGCCGCCGGCCGAGGCGCGCCCAGGCCCGGCCUCCUGGGAAGGCGCUCUCGGCUGGGCAGCCAUGGCGGAGACGAAGAUCAUCUACCACCUGGACGAGCAGGAGACGCCCUACUUGGUGAAGCUGCCUCUCCCGGCCGAGAAGGUGACGCUGGGCGACUUCAAGGCCCUCCUCAACCGCCCCAACUACAAGUUCUACUUCAAGUCCAUGGAUGACGACUUCGGGGUUGUGAAGGAAGAAAUCUCAGAUGACAAUGCAAAACUUCCCUGUUUCAAUGGCCGAGUGGUAUCGUGGCUUGUAUCUGCUGAAGGCUCUCACUCAGAUGCUGGAUCGGUCUGUGCUGACAAUCAGCCGGAGCUGCCGCCCUCCAUUGAACGGACAGGAGGCAUAGGAGACUCCAGGCCUCCCUCUUUUCAUCCCAACACUGGGGGAAGUCGAGAGAACCUGGAUAAUGAGACGGAGACUGACUCUGUGGUGUCAAUACAGAGAGAACGACCACGCAGAAAAGAUGGACCUGAACAUGCACCCAGGGUGAAUGGGACAGCCAAGGGGGAAAGGAGGCGAGAAGUAGGUGGCUAUGAAAGCUCCUCCACCCUCAUGAGUAGUGAACUGGAGACCACCAGCUUCUUUGAUUCAGAUGAGGAUGAUUCCACCAGCAGGCUUAGCAGCUCCACAGAACAGAGCAGUGCCUCCCGCCUGAUGAGAAGACACAAGCGACGUCGGCGAAAGCAAAAAGUCCCACGCAUUGAGAGGUCUUCAUCCUUCAGCAGCAUCACAGAUUCUACCAUGUCGCUGAAUAUUAUCACAGUCACCCUCAACAUGGAGAAAUACAAUUUCUUGGGCAUUUCCAUUGUCGGACAGAGCAAUGAGCGUGGUGAUGGUGGCAUAUACAUUGGUUCCAUCAUGAAAGGAGGUGCUGUGGCGGCAGAUGGAAGAAUUGAGCCUGGAGACAUGCUGCUGCAGGUGAACGAUAUCAACUUUGAGAACAUGAGCAACGAUGACGCUGUAAGAGUGCUGAGGGAGAUCGUGCACAAGCCAGGACCCAUCACAUUGACUGUUGCCAAAUGUUGGGAUCCUAGCCCCAGGGGCUGCUUCUCAUUACCCAGGAUUGCUCCCCAGCGGAUCUGGGCUGGGCCAGACUCUCCAUGCUCCGAUCCGGGUGAGCCUAUACGACCCAUUGACCCAGCAGCCUGGGUUUCCCACACUGCAGCGAUGACUGGCACCUACCCAGCGUACGGUAUGAGCCCAUCCAUGAGUACAAUCACUUCCACCAGCUCCUCCAUCACCAGCUCCAUCCCAGAAACCGAACGCCUCGAUGACUUUCACCUGUCCAUCCACAGCGAUAUGGCCACCAUUGUCAAAGCUAUGGCCUCUCCUGAGUCAGGCUUGGAGGUACGUGACCGCAUGUGGCUGAAGAUCACCAUCCCCAAUGCUUUCAUUGGAUCUGAUGUGGUAGAUUGGCUCUAUCACCAUGUGGAAGGCUUCACUGACCGGCGAGAAUCCCGCAAGUAUGCCAGCAACCUGCUGAAGGCUGGCUACAUCCGACACACCGUCAACAAGAUCACCUUCUCGGAGCAGUGUUAUUACAUCUUUGGCGAUCUCUGCGGCAACAUGGCCAGCCUGUCCUUGCAUGACCAUGAUGGAUCCAGUGGUGCCUCUGAUCAAGACACAUUGGCUCCAUUACCCCAUCCAGGAGCUGCGCCAUGGCCCAUGGCCUUCCCAUACCAGUACCCACCACCCCAUCCAUAUAACCCCCAUCCUGGGUUUCCUGAUCCAGGUUAUAGUUAUGGAGGAGGCAGUGCAGGCAGUCAGCACAGUGAAGGAAGCCGGAGCAGUGGUUCAAACCGCAGCGGCAGCGAGAGGAGGAAGGAGCGAGAGCCCAAGCCUGGAGAGUCCAAAUCGGGCGGCAGUGGCAGCGAGUCAGACCACACCAGUCGCAGCAGCAUACGCCGGGAGCGGGCGGCCAGCGAGCGCUCGGUGCCAGCCAGCCAGCGCAGCCACCACUCCAUGGCCCACAGCAUCCGGAGCCACCACAGCCAGCAAUCCUAUGGGCCCCCCGGCCUCCCGCCUCUCUACAGCCCUCCCAUGCUCCUGAUGCCUCCGCCGCCUGCUGCCCUGGGACCCCCGGGCGCUCCCCCUGGCCGAGACCUGGCCUCUGUGCCCCCUGAACUAACAGCCAGUAGACAGUCAUUCCGAAUGGCCAUGGGCAACCCCAGUGAGUUCUUUGUGGAUGUAAUGUGAAACAGCACUGUUCCUCCCUCUGUUCCCUGUAUGUCUGCUGCCCGCAACGGUUUGUCUCCUAGGAAUGGCCCAGCCUCAGUCCCUGUGGGAAUGUCUUUUUUUGUUUUGGUCUUGAUAAUUAUGAAAAGGAAAAAAACCAAACAAAAUAAACUGAACUAAAAUGUUUUGAUUCUAA